AUGGUGCCCCAAGCAACGGCCUCGUUGCCGACUACGCUUCGAUCGCCGCCGGCGCUGGAUUCCUAUACACCGUUGGCCGACCAUGAGUCCCGCACGCCAGCUUCUUUUUACGAGGGUCCUCCAGUGCUUCACUACCACACGACGGGUGCUCGUGCUUAUGUGAGCAGAGAGAACCGCGACAAGCUACCCUGGGGAGGCAACGAGACAACGGCGGCAGCUGCCAACGACGAGUCUUGGCCCGUCAUGGGUGAUGGAAUGGUCGAGCAGGUUGUCGAUGUGUUUGUCGGAUCGGACUCGGCUGCGAGCUGCGGCCUGUCUCUGCCGUACCCGGUCAUUGGCCUGCACGCCAUUAAGUCUGCAUAUACAGCGGACAACCGCCGAGUGCCGACGAUCUACAUGCAGCUAGAGCUCUCAGGAACCGGCGGCGAGGAGGACGAGCCCGAGACGGUCGAGUUGACUGUAGUACCGGCCGGAGCACAAGCCACUGCUGCUACUGCUGCUUCUUCGUUUUUUACAGACCAGCCAUCAGCCGGUGAGGCAGAACGACAAGAGGCGCCACAGCCACCACAGGCCGACUCAGAGGCGUCCAAGAUGUUCGAUGCCAUCUCCGCUUGUGCAGACCUGCAUCCGGACCGGUUUGGAGGCGAAGACGACGAGGACGAUGGUGGCGAUAGCUACCCGUCAUUUUUCCGACAGGGCGGCGAGAAUGGCGACGGCGAAGACGGCUACGAGGACGAGUACGACGAGGAUGGAGACGGCGAGGGCGAUGACGGUAUCCUGAUUGAGGGCGGUGACGGCAUGGAGCCCAUCGAGGGAUUCCACGGCGUGUUUCGUGGAGGCAACAGCCAGGACGGCGCUGUCUCAACCAUCUCCGAUCUUCCCCCACCCAUGCCGGGCAGCGGCGGCUGGAUCACGGCUGAGAAUGCGCACGAGUUCUUUGACGAGGAGGGUAACUGGCGGGGGCGUGGCGGCAGCCUGGGCGAGGGUGCCGGCCGUGUGCGGGGACGCGACGAGGUCGAGGCUGGUGAGGCAACAGAGACUACCGCAACAGAAGAGGUUGCGGGAGGCGCGGUAGAGUCCACGCCGGCCGAGGGUGCGUUGGGUGACGGGGGGAGUGCCUCAGUUGGCGACACGAAUGGAGCGAGCAACGGCGACGGCACCGAGAGCAAACGGAUUCGGACGGAGUAG